AUGGUUUGUCUCUGCUUACUCGUAAUCCUCAUCUCGGCACUGCUUGCUUGUGGUAUCGCAGCUGCUAUUCUUUACAAAAACAAGCCGUGCGACCCUGAAGAUGUGCGCAAAUUUUUCGAAGGUUUUCGUAUCUGCGGACAUCGCGGUGCUCCCACAUCAUUUCCUGAAAACGGAAUGGCUGGAUUCAAUCAGGCGAAGACCGACGGAGCUGAUUCAAUCGAAUUCGAUAUAGCCUUAACAAAAGACGGUGAAGCUGUACUUUUGCACGACGACCUAGAUCGAACCACAAACCUCACCGGUCCGAUACGUGAGAAGAUUCUGGCUGAGCUUGCCCGUGCUAAUAUUAGUGCGCACUUCACCAGAUCAACAAGGGCAAACCUGCCACCGGUAAAGCAGGAGGGUAUUCCGAAGUUGGAGACGGUCGUGAAGUGGGCAGUAGAGAACAAAAUGAAGAUGAUUUUUGAUGUGAAGGAUUCAGAUCGCGAGCUAGUGAAGAUCAUCGAUGAAUUGUUCAAGAAGUACCAGCUCUACGAUAAAGCUAUUGUGUGCAGCUUCUUCCCAUGGGUUCUCUACCUUGUAAAACAAGCAAAUCACAAGAUUCUCAGCGGGCUUACCUGGCGUCGGAGAUUAUUAUCGUAUAAGGAUGCGGAAAACACCGUGCCACGCUAUAGUGGGCCAAAACAUUAUCUCUUCGUCUUACUCGACAAGAUUUACGUGUGUUUGCUGCAAUCCGUCAUUCCAUGGUUUUUGGGGGCAGAUUUGCUGCUGACAAGUCACCUGGAGAUCUCUAAGACAUUCGUUAGAGAACAACACAACCGCGGAAGGCAUGUCGUUGCUUGGACUAUUAAUGACAUUGCUGAAAUGCAUUGGAUGGUGGAUGAGUUGCAGAUCCCUAUCCUUACUGACUACUCAUCCUAUGUCAAGAUCAUGGACCUUUUAAAGAAAAUUAGAGAAAAAGGCUAUAAUGAGCAAGCCUUACGAGCUGCUGUAUCUGCUGCAGUUCCAAGUUAA